AUGAUUGUGCUAUUAUUCUUCGCCUUGCUCUGGAUGGUGGAAGGAGUCUUUUCCCAGCUUCACUACACGGUCCAGGAGGAGCAGGAACAUGGCACUUUCGUGGGGAAUAUCGCUGAAGAUCUGGGCUUGGACAUUACAAAACUUUCGGCUCGCGGGUUUCAAACGGCGCCCAACUCUCGAACCCCUUACUUGGACCUCAACCUGGAGACCGGGGUGCUGUACGUGAACGAGAAGAUUGACCGCGAGCAAAUCUGCAAGCAGAGCCCCUCCUGCGUCCUGCACCUGGAGGUCUUCCUGGAAAACCCCCUGGAGCUGUUCCGGGUGGAGAUCGAGGUGUUGGACAUCAAUGACAACCCCCCCUCCUUCCCGGAGCCGGACCUGACCGUGGAGAUCUCUGAGAGCGCCACGCCGGGCACCCGCUUCCCCUUGGAGAGCGCAUUCGACCCAGACGUGGGCACCAAUUCCUUGCGCGACUACGAGAUCACUCCCAACAGCUACUUCUCCCUGGACGUGCAGACCCAGGGGGAUGGCAACCGAUUCGCCGAGCUGGUGCUGGAGAAGCCGCUGGACCGAGAGCAGCAAGCGGUGCACCGCUACGUGCUGACCGCGGUGGACGGGGGAGGAGGGGCCGGAGGAGGCGGAGCGGGAGGGGGCCUGCUCCCCCAACAGCAGCGCACCGGCACGGCCCUACUCACUAUCCGAGUGCUGGACUCCAACGACAAUGUGCCCGCCUUCGACCAACCCGUCUACACUGUGUCCCUCCCAGAGAACUCGCCGCCGGGCACGCUCGUGAUCCAGCUUAACGCCACGGACCCAGAUGAGGGCCAGAAUGGCGAGGUCGUGUAUUCCUUCAGCAGCCACAUUUCGCCCCGGGCGCGGGAGCUCUUCGGACUCUCUCCUCGCACUGGCCGACUGGAGGUGAGCGGCGAGCUGGACUACGAAGAGAGCCCGGUGUACCAAGUGUACGUACAAGCCAAGGACCUGGGCCCCAACGCCGUGCCCGCGCACUGCAAGGUGAUCGUGAGAGUGCUGGAUGCUAACGACAACGCGCCGGAGAUCAGCUUCAGCACCGUGAAGGAGGCGGUGAGCGAGGGCGCGGCGCCCGGCACGGUGGUGGCCUUGUUCAGCGUGACCGACCGCGACUCAGAGGAGAAUGGACAGGUGCAGUGCGAGCUGCUGGGGGAUGUGCCGUUCCGCCUCAAGUCUUCCUUCAAAAACUACUAUACCAUCGUGACCGAGGCCCCUCUGGACCGAGAGGCGGGGGACUCCUACACCCUGACCGUGGUGGCUCGGGACCAGGGCGAGCCUGCGCUCUCCACCAGCAAGUCGAUCCAGGUGCAGGUGUCCGAUGUGAACGACAACGCACCGCGAUUCAGCCAGCCGGUCUACGACGUGUAUGUGACCGAAAACAAUGUGCCGGGCGCCUACAUCUACGCGGUGAGCGCCACAGACCGUGACGAGGGCGCCAACGCCCAGCUAGCCUACUCUAUCCUCGAGUGCCAGAUCCAGGGCAUGAGCGUCUUCACUUACGUAUCCAUCAACUCCGAGAACGGCUACUUGUACGCCCUGCGCUCCUUCGACCACGAGCAGCUCAAGGACUUCAGCUUCCAGGUGGAAGCCCGGGACGCCGGCAGCCCCCAGGCGCUGGCUGGCAACGCCACUGUCAACAUCCUCAUCGUGGAUCAGAACGACAACGCCCCUGCCAUAGUGGCGCCCCUUCCGGGGCGCAACGGGACUCCGGCGCGCGAGGUGCUGCCCCGCUCGGCGGAGCCCGGUUACCUGCUGACCCGCGUAGCCGCGGUGGACGCGGACGACGGCGAGAACGCCCGGCUCACCUACAGCAUUGUGCGGGGUAACGAAAUGAACCUCUUCCGCAUGGAUUGGCGCACCGGGGAGCUCCGCACGGCGCGCCGGGUGCCGGCCAAGCGCGACCCCCAGCGGCCUUACGAGCUGGUGAUCGAGGUGCGCGACCACGGGCAACCUCCCCUGUCCUCCACCGCCACCCUGGUGGUGCAGCUGGUGGAUGGCGCUGUCGAGCCCCAGGGCGGGGGCGGGGGCGGGGGCGGGGGGUCAGGGGAGCACCAGCGCCCCAGCCGCUCCGGCGGCGGGGAGACCUCGCUGGACCUCACCCUCAUCCUCAUCAUCGCGCUGGGCUCGGUGUCCUUCAUCUUCCUGCUGGCCAUGAUCGUGCUUGCCGUGCGUUGCCAAAAAGAGAAGAAGCUCAACAUCUACACGUGUCUGGCCAGCGACUGCUGCCUCUGCUGCUGCUGCUGCAGCGGUGGCGGCUCGACCUGCUGCGGCCGCCAAGCCCGGGCGCGCAAGAAGAAACUCAGCAAGUCGGACAUCAUGCUGGUGCAAAGCUCCAACGUACCCAGUAACCCGGCCCAAGUGCCGGUGGAGGAGUCCGGGGGCUUUGGCUCCCAUCACCACAACCAGAAUUACUGCUACCAGGUCUGCCUGACCCCCGAGUCCGCCAAGACCGACCUGAUGUUCCUUAAACCCUGCAGCCCUUCGCGGAGUACGGACACUGAGCACAACCCUUGCGGGGCCAUCGUCACCGGCUACACAGACCAGCAGCCCGACAUCAUCUCCAACGGAAGCAUUUUGUCCAACGAGACUAAACACCAGCGAGCAGAGCUCAGCUAUCUAGUUGACAGACCUCGCCGAGUUAACAGUUCUGCAUUCCAGGAAGCCGACAUAGUAAGCUCUAAGGACAGUGGCCAUGGAGACAGCGAACAGGGAGAUAGUGAUCACGAUGCCACCAACCGCGGCCAGUCAGCUGGUAUGGAUCUCUUCUCCAACUGCACCGAGGAAUGUAAAGCCCUGGGCCACUCAGAUCGGUGCUGGAUGCCUUCAUUUGUCCCUUCUGAUGGACGCCAGGCUGCUGAUUAUCGUAGCAAUCUGCAUGUUCCUGGCAUGGACUCUGUUCCAGACACUGAGGUGUUUGAAACUCCAGAAGCCCAGCCUGGGGCGGAGAGGUCCUUCUCCACCUUCGGCAAAGAGAAGGCCCUUCACAGCACCCUGGAGAGGAAAGAGCUGGAUGGACUGCUGUCUAAUACACGAGCGCCUUACAAACCACCAUAUUUGACACGGAAAAGGAUAUGCUAGUCAAUUCUACAGGACUUACCUGAAGCAGCAUGAUUUGCACAAAGUCGACCAACAAAAGCAUCAACUUUUCAACUUCAUUAUCUUGGCCAUCCAGUUAGUUGUGUGUAACUGAGUAUUAGAUUGCCAGCGGAGUCAUUACGGCCAAUUAUAGGACCUAAUUGCUCUCAGCAGGCCUGAGAAAUGAGUUGAAAUGUGCAGAACUGUAGAAACUUUAGGCAACUGAUUUUGCCUCUCCGAUCAGUGUGUGCCUGUUUACAGCACUAUAUAUCUUUCUCUCUCCAAAUGUCACUGAGCCCUUUAGAUGUUUAUAUUCACCACGAGAAGCCAGUUAUAAAGAUAAAGGAAAUUUGUGCAUUAUAAAUGCAAUAUCACUGUUUUAAACUUGACUGUUUUAUAUUAUUUUUGUGUGAUCAAGUGUUCCCCAAACUAUUCCAACUUUACAAGAGAGAUUGUGAUUAUGUUCUUUUCACCUGUGGGUUAUAAAAAAUGUUGUAUUCUGAAGACCCACAAAAUAUCAAAGACAUUCUGUAGUUUAUACACCG